GUGACGGAAGUGAUGUCAUCAGAUUCCCCCCAAUCAAUUGACACGACAGACUUAAGUACAACGUCACAGACGAUGGAGGCAACAACAUUUCCUGAAAGUACAGCUUCUCUUACAACCGGGACAUCGUCUGAGAAUGAGCAGACUUCGCCAAUCGCAACGUCCGAAACAGCAGUAUCAACCUCAGUUACAACAGACACUGCGCCAACAACACAGGCAAACGUUAUCACAUCUGCAGCCUCUGAGGUGCCUACCGUCUCACCAACCGCUCCUCCCCUAACAACUAUUUCACCCACCACUCCGGUUCUACCUACAACAGCGACUGCCACACAGAUGCCUUCAACAGAACGUAAGGCUACAACCGACAUGCUGAUGACAACGAGAACAGCACAAACCACAGCGGCACAAACAACUCAAACAACACUUCCUGUUUGGGCCAGCACUGCGGCGCCACAGUCUCCACCAACUGCUCCGAGCACAGCUCAAACAGAGGGAAAAUCGUCAACGCAGUUUCAGGCCACCACCUUCAAACCAUCGUCAUCAGCACCACUACAAACAACACCGCUGGUUCAGUCCAGCACGCCGGCACCGCCUUCCACACAGGCCACACUGGCAGUGAUACAUUCCACACAGGCGACCCCAACAGGCGGAAAAUCUACCACGCAAAUCUUACCAACCUCCAAACUCACAACACAAGAAACAACUCCGCCUAUUAUAGUGAGCACCUUGACGUCACAGAUAACACCAACGGAUCGCCAGUCCACUACACAAAUCCAAUCUACAGCGCGAACAAAAACAACAACAACAACAUCGCAAACAAUGACGUCCCUGACAAUAAGAACUUCAACUACGUCACAAAUGACGUCAUCAGAUAGAAUAGCUACAACACUACCCAGUACAACGGCUACAACGGCGUCAAUUAUACCGACGACAGAAACACCGAACUUGGCAACAACUUUCACGCCAACUGCCCAGCCUACAACCACAACACAGGGAAUCGCUGCAACCACAAGAAUACAGACGAUACAGCUGUGGACAACAACAACCCCAGUAUUGUCCACUAUACUGGAAGUCACGCCUACUGCUGAUACUCAAACGUCUGUAGUGACGAUCAGUUUGGAGAUUUCAAACUUGAAUUUUGAUGACUACAAUCUGGAUGAGCCGACAUCAGACAGUUACACAGAGUUCUCCAGCGAUUUCAUCAGCAAGGUGACGCCCAUCUACAGCCAGCUGCCCGGCUUCGUCGCAGUGGAAGUUGUGGGUUUUACGAGGGGCAGCAUUGUUGCAGAGUACAGAGUGAUCUUCAGCGCAGACGCGGUGAGCUCGCGGGAGGUGCUGGAGCAGACCCGGAGUAACAAGGACGCCAUUGAUGCGCGGUGGGAGAUCAGCGAGGACGCCAUACUGGUUCUGUCAGUUCAGUGCGGGGCCGCGGUCUGUGGAAGUGACGCGUUCUGUGAGAGGAACAGCAGCGGGGCCUCACUGUGCGCAUGCGCGCCUGGAUUCUGUCAGAACGGAGGGACAUGCGCAGUGACGGAAGGGACGGGUGCUAUUUGCAGCUGCCCGAUGUUGCAUAGCGGACCCACCUGCGAAUCACCCUCACUCCUGAUAGCAGUCAUAGCCGGGGCGUGUGCGGUUGUCAUGGUGAUUCUUCUGGUGUCUAUUUACUGCUGCGUCAGCAAAAGGAGAGAAGCGCAGAAGUACAGAAAAAGGCAGAGACUCCCUCCUGUCGGAAGAGCGAACCCGGCGAUGGAGUCCGACUACGACCUGGAGAUCCCGUUCCACGAGCGGCCGGCCGUGAAGGAGGUCCUGACCCAGCCCUAUGACCUGGCUAUGUCAGAGGGCAUGACCUACGACAUGGCCCUGUCAGAGGUCAGGAACAAUGACACCAACGUCUCGCACCACUACCAGUUCACGCGAGAACAGGAGCAGAAGAGUAAAAACCAGGAGUGGAGGAGCAAGUUGGAGAGAGUGGACUCUAAAAAAGAUUUCCACAUCAGGAGAGCGGUGUACAACCCGAACGGACUGAACAAAAUGUCGGGGCUGAGGAAAAACCCGCUGUACCAGUCGGGCCGGUAGUCAUCAUCAUCAUCUCAUUAUCAUCAUCAUCAUCUCAUCAUCAUCAUCAUCCCAUCAUCAUC